AUGGAAUUUAGCGCCAGUCCCGUGACGAGAACAGAAUCGCCUGCCCCCGAAUCUCUGUUGAUACACCUCUUGCUUGUAAACUUCCACCACCGUGAUCCAACCACUUCCACCACCACAUUCAACAUGUUAAUGGCCCGUACUACACGUUCCGGGGCCGAAUUUUCACCAUAUGAGCUGGGAACCCCCAUCCGGUGUAACGUUGACGUCGCAGACCUUCUCCGCUUUCGAUAUGCCAAGCUUGAUGCGCAGGGUGAUGGAGGGGAUGUGAUUGACUCGGACCAUGAGCUUGAAGCACCAAUUCAACCCGCUUGCACCCCCACAAAACCCCCGGACAACGUCAAGGCCCAAUCGCAGCUCCCUUUGCCAAGGCCCCGGGUGUCCCCACCCUACCCAUCAGUGUCUGCUUCUGAAUCUCACCAACAGAAUUUUGCCAGUGCUGCCUGCCUAUCACUAUCACAAUCCCGAUGCCCCGCUUUCCCGGAGAUGGCAUCGGAGUCUACCACGUCAUUACACCCACCUCGAAACUCCUCACCUUCCACUGCCACGCAUCGGAAUGCCCGCCAGUCUGGCUCUCAUGGGCGGCGGAAGCGCAAACGUGAACUUAGCACUCGCUUUCCAACAGCUGAGAAGCCAGUACAUGCCAAACAUCGUGCUCAUGCCUAUGCACAAGCAAUCCAGGUGGAUCUAGAUGCUGCUAUGCUCCCUGUGAACUCCACAGGCUUUGGGGGCCAAAACCAGAUGCUUUGCAGCCAACCGGGCUGGCGUUACAUCCCAUAUCCCCUGGAUGUUCCCACCAACGCCGCGGGUCAAAACAACGGGAACGGGGCGACCACGACGGGCACCAUACCAAUUGUGGACCGUCAUGGCUGCAUGGUGGUGCUCAUCGCAGGAUCACCACAGAUGCACUGGCAAUCUGAGGUUGCCGAGCCGUUAGCAGAGGCCAUUGCUGCUGGCUCCUCCCACCUCAAAUUUUCACCGGAAAGGCUUUAUCACAAACGGGGUGAUGGUUUUGCCGCACUAGCAUCUGGUCCAUCCCAUGGGGGUGGUGAGUCAUUCCCAGGCAACCGUGUACUUUCGCAAUCAGAACGCAGCUUCAUGGAUGCGCUGCUAGAACACCCAGCCAUGCAGCAUGCCUCCAGGUUUAUGAAUCAAAUUCUCCACACAUAUAACCCCUUAAUGUACGAGGACUACCGCCUGCAUCAAGAAGAGCUACAUGAUAAAGAGCCACACCUUCAACUUCCCCAACUCCGUUUGGUCUUCGCUUACAGUUAA